AUGAGGGGACGCCUGUCCCAGACACCGGACACAGUGUCUCCUGAUCCAGAAAUCGAUUUGCCCCAAGGAUCCACUGUGUCUUUGUUUGAAGUGGGACAUUUGAUCGCUUCCGGGAACUUCGGCAAGGUCUAUGAGGGAACACAUUUAUUCAGCGACAAAGUGAAGGUCGCUCUGAAGUGUAUUCCCAAGCGCAAAGCGGACCGCUAUCUUGACAUUCCUGGUCACUCCAAACCGGUGCUUGCUGAAGUGGCUCUGAUGCUCCGGCUGGGAGAAGCUCCUUUGUGCCCCAACAUCAUUCGGCUACACCAGUGGGUGGAGAAUGAGAGCAGCUUCACUCUCAUUAUGGAUUACCCUGAACCCUGCAGGACCUUGGAGGAUUACAUCUUGUUCAACGGCCCCAUCAGGUGAAGCACAAGCAC